CGGUGGCGGCGGCGGCCGGGGGAGGCGGCGGCCUGGCUCGGCCUGGCGUGGCCUGUCAGGGCGCGGGCGGCGGCGGCUCCAGCACCAUGUCCCUGCAGUACGGGGCGGAGGAGACGCCCCUCGCCGGCAGUUACGGCCCGGCGGACUCGUUCCCAAAGGACUUCGGCUACGGCGUGGAGGAGGAAGAAGAGGAGGCGGCAGCCGCGGGCGGCGGGGUUGGGGCGGGGGCCGGCGGAGGCUGUGGCCCGGGGGGCGCUGACAGCUCCAAACCUAGGAUUCUGCUCAUGGGGCUCAGGCGCAGCGGCAAGUCCUCCAUCCAGAAGGUGGUGUUUCAUAAAAUGUCACCCAACGAGACCCUCUUUUUGGAAAGUACCAACAAGAUUUACAAAGAUGACAUUUCAAAUAGCUCCUUUGUGAAUUUCCAAAUAUGGGAUUUUCCUGGGCAAAUGGACUUUUUUGACCCUACUUUUGACUACGAGAUGAUCUUCAGGGGAACAGGAGCUUUGAUAUAUGUCAUUGAUGCACAGGAUGACUACAUGGAGGCUUUAACAAGACUUCACAUUACUGUUUCUAAAGCCUACAAAGUUAACCCAGACAUGAAUUUUGAGGUUUUUAUUCACAAAGUUGAUGGUCUGUCUGAUGAUCACAAAAUAGAAACACAGAGGGACAUUCAUCAAAGGGCCAAUGAUGACCUUGCAGAUGCUGGGCUAGAAAAACUCCACCUUAGCUUUUAUUUGACUAGUAUCUAUGACCAUUCAAUAUUUGAAGCCUUUAGUAAGGUGGUGCAGAAACUUAUCCCACAACUACCGACCUUGGAAAAUCUAUUAAAUAUCUUUAUAUCAAAUUCAGGUAUUGAAAAAGCUUUUCUCUUCGAUGUUGUCAGCAAAAUCUACAUUGCAACAGACAGUUCUCCUGUGGAUAUGCAGUCGUAUGAACUUUGCUGUGACAUGAUUGAUGUUGUAAUUGAUGUGUCUUGUAUAUAUGGGUUAAAGGAAGAUGGAAGUGGAAGUGCUUACGACAAAGAAUCUAUGGCCAUCAUCAAGCUGAAUAACACAACGGUCCUGUAUUUAAAGGAGGUGACUAAAUUUUUGGCACUCGUCUGCAUCCUUAGGGAAGAAAGUUUUGAACGAAAAGGUUUAAUAGACUACAACUUCCAUUGUUUCCGAAAAGCUAUUCAUGAGGUUUUUGAGGUGGGUGUGACUUCUCACAGGAGCUGUGGUCACCAGACCAGUGCCCCCAGCCUGAAAGCGUUGACACACAACGGCACGCCGCGAAAUGCCAUCUAGCCUGAAUGCCGGUGGUCGGGGUCUGUGUCAGCUUAUUCUUCACUCCAGGGUCACUUGCCACGUGCUACAGGACAUGGAAGUUGCCGCUUGUGGGAAUCUGGUGCCUGUUGCACUAGAGACAAGGGGAGAGUUUCUCAUUUGGAUGAAAACCCCUUCAACCAGUGGUGUGCAACUGAAGCUACUAUUUCUUUUUUUUAAAAAAAUGGCAAAAAUGAAUUCUAUAGACCACAGACCUCAAGUGUCUUUCUCCUCUUGGGGGUCCUACUUUAAGUAGUUGGGAUAUUUUGGACCUGGAGAUAACAUCACUUACCCAUCCUUACCAGAGAAUGUUGCUGUCAAUUACCAGUUGAAAAUAAUAGAAAGAACUGAGUUUUUAUAUGCUUCGCUUAGAUUUUCAUUUGAGUAGUCUCUGAAAAUCCUGCCUUGCUUAAGUUCUAACACUGCCUCUCAGAUUUCAAUUUCGGACCUUGCACACCUCAGACCUUCUAAAUGCAUUUGCUUGCUAACUCAGAAGACACAUGGUCUGACUGCAGCAAAGGACAUUCCUGUAUUUGUUUCUGAGGAAAUGAGAAAAUUUUAUGCUGCAUCAAGUCAAGAGCAAGGCUCAACAGUGGCCGCUGCAUUAGUUCCCUCGGAAGUGUUGAAGAACAAACUUUAAAACAGAAGAAAAUUUUUGCACCUGUGUUUUGGGUACCAGGUAUCUGGGUUCUUGCUCCCACGUUAGAUAAAUGAUUCUGAUCACUGUAACAAAGGGAAUUAAAAAAAAAUUUGUUUUCCCCGCAAUCUCCUCUUAGGAGGGAAACUCAUUAUGUCACUGAAUUAUGUAGCUCACUUUUCUUUAAACUUGAUACCAGCCCCCACAUUCCUUUUAUUCUAAGCUAUCGAGAUCCUUUAAGAAUUGCUGUUUUGUUGAUCCUGAAUGACCCUAAGGCGCUGGUGGACUGCCCACUGGGACUUGAAGAGAGCACAUGACACCACGACGUGUCGUUAAACAUGCUUCAUCUUCAGUAUUCUGAUGCCAAGUGUCAACUGUGGUACUUUCUUCA